AUGAUGGCGAUGAUGGUAACUGAAUGGAAUGGGCACUGGGGGAUGUCAAGCCGAACGCAGGGAGCAGUGGCCGUUCAGAGGGGCGCGCUUUUAUCUGAAGAUGAUAAAGUCGAUGACUUUAACAAGAGUGGUAAUGAUGAUGAUGAUAGUAGGAACACGGGUGAUCAGCUGUGUUACACGGUGGUGCUGUUCACUGCUUUAGAAUUAACUAAGGCAAUAAAGUUCCCGGUUGUAAUCCCGUUGUUAUCACCAAGCAAAAAUGUAUAUUUUGGUUGCGAAAUUGAUGUCAUCAAACAGCUUUAA